AAUUUGCCAUUGAAGACAACUUACACCAUCAGACAUUCCAUGCAGAGUGAUUUCAUCUAUCAAAUCUCCAAGUACUGUGAAUUGAAACUACCAAACUGUGUAGUUUAUGAGCAACUGACAUACAGGGCAGAUGGCAUGUUUCUUUGAUAUUUAACAAGGAACCAUAUUACCAUUAUGACAAACCAGGAGAAGUGGGUUAAUCUCAGUCCUGCAGAAUUUUCUCAGCUUCAGAAGUAUGCAGAGUAUUCCAGCAAGAAAAUUAAAGAUGUUCUAGAAGAAUUCCAUGGCGAUGGUGUGCUAGCAAAAUAUAAUCCGGAAGGGAAACAAGAUAUUCUUAAUCAAACAAUUGAUUUAGAUGGUUUUAAGCUGUUCAUGAAGACCUUUCUGGAUGCAGAACUUCCCGAUGAUUUCAGUGAACAUCUCUUUACCUCAUUCAACAACAAAGUCCCUCAUUGCAGUCCUUCUGUUAAAAGCAAACCUCAGCUCCUUUCAGGAGGUCUGAGAAUUACUAAAAGUACUGCUACAUCCCGACCUCCUACUUCUGCCAACUUAAACUUACCAGAUGUGAUCCAGUUGAAAGACAUUGUUUGCUAUUUGUCUCUGCUGGAAAGGGGAAGACCUGAAGACAAACUAGAAUUUAUGUUUCGCUUGUAUGACACAGAUGGAAAUGGGUACCUGGACAGUUCGGAGCUGGAAAAUAUCAUAACUCAAAUGAUGCAUGUUGCAGAAUAUCUUGAAUGGGAUGUCACUGAACUCAGUCCAAUCCUUCAUGAAAUGAUGGAAGAAAUUGACUAUGACCAUGAUGGCACUGUAUCUCUGGAGGAAUGGAUCCAAGGAGGAAUGACAACAAUCCCACUGCUGGUGCUUCUUGGCUUAGAAAAUAAUGUGAAGGAUGACGGGCAGCAUGUAUGGAGACUGAAACACUUUAACAAGCCUGCCUACUGUAAUCUUUGCUUGAACAUGUUAAUAGGAGUAGGCAAGCAGGGUCUCUGCUGUUCUUUUUGCAAGUACACAGUGCAUGAACGUUGUGUCUCAAGAGCACCUGCCUCUUGCAUCAAAACAUAUGUGAAGUCCAAAAAGAACACUGAAGUAAUGCACCAUUUCUGGGUAGAAGGAAACUGUCCGACAAAAUGUGACAAGUGUCACAAAAAUAUAAAAUGUUACCAAGGCCUGACUGGACUUCAUUGUGUUUGGUGUCAGAUCACACUGCAUAAUAAAUGCGCUUCACAUCUAAAGCCUGAAUGUGACUGUGGACCAUUGAAAGACCACAUUUUACCACCCACAUCAAUCUGUCCAGUAGUAUUGCUUCUUUUUUCCCAACAGACUUUACCCACUGUAGGAGUUUUGCUUCCUGAGGAGCGGCAGGCAACUGUGAAAAGAGAAAAGAGUUGCCGUCAGCAAAUGAACAAGUUGGGAGAACGGAACAAAAUGCAAAGAGCAAACUCUGUUACAAUAGAUGGACAAGGUCUUCAGAUCACUCCAGUUCCAGGCACUCAUCCACUUCUGGUUUUUGUCAACCCUAAAAGUGGUGGGAAACAAGGAGAAAGAAUUUACAGAAAAUUUCAGUACCUUUUAAAUCCUCGUCAAGUUUAUAGUCUUGCUGGAAAUGGACCAAUGCCAGGACUAAAUUUUUUCCGAGAUGUUCCUGACUUCAGAGUACUGGCAUGUGGUGGAGAUGGAACAGUUGGUUGGAUUUUGGAUUGCAUAGAGAAAGCAAAUUUGCCUAAGCAUCCUCCAGUUGCUAUUCUGCCUCUUGGGACUGGCAAUGAUUUAGCAAGGUGUCUGAGAUGGGGAGGAGGAUAUGAGGGUGAGAAUCUGAUGAAGAUCUUAAAAGACAUUGAGAACAGCACAGAGAUUUUGUUGGAUAGAUGGAAAUUUGAAGUAAUACCCAAUGACAAAGAUGAGAAAGGAGAUCCAGUGCCUUACAACAUCAUCAAUAAUUACUUUUCUAUUGGAGUGGAUGCUUCAAUUGCGCACAGAUUCCACAUCAUGCGAGAAAAACAUCCAGAGAAAUUCAACAGCAGAAUGAAGAACAAAUUUUGGUAUUUUGAGUUUGGCACUUCUGAAACUUUCUCAGCCACCUGCAAGAAGCUGCAUGAAUCUGUAGAAAUAGAAUGUGAUGGAAUUCAGCUAGACUUAAUCAAUAUUUCUCUGGAAGGAAUUGCGAUUCUGAACAUUCCAAGCAUGCAUGGUGGAUCAAACCUCUGGGGAGAGACGAAGAAAAGACGUAGCCAUCGUCGAACUGAAAAGAAGAGGUCAGAUAAAAGAACAACUGUCACAGACGCCAAGGAAUUGAAGUUUGCAUCCCAAGAUCUGAGUGAUCAACUGAUGGAAGUGGUUGGUCUGGAAGGAGCUAUGGAAAUGGGUCAGAUAUAUACAGGACUGAAAAGUGCUGGAAAGCGGCUAGCCCAGUGUUCAUCUGUUGUUAUCAGGACCAGCAAAUCUCUGCCUAUGCAGAUUGAUGGGGAGCCAUGGAUGCAGACUCCUUGUACAAUAAAAAUAACCCACAAGAAUCAAGCCCCAAUACUGAUGGGACCUCCUCCAAAAACUGGUCUUUUCUCCUCCAUCAUCAAAAGAACAAGGAACCACAGCAAGGAAUAAGCUUUUGUAGCUGAGUUCUUAGAAAAUAAAUUAGUAGCAUUGGCUUUUGAAUAUUCAUGCUGGAAAUCUUUCAAGAGUUUUAGAAUAUUCUUUACCUGCAGAAUCAUGGAAUUUGGUAUAGCAGUUUCUGUGACUGAGCUAAUGUAAAAUGAUGCUAUUAGAAAAAAUUAUUGUCACGGUUUUGUAGGCAUUUUGCAUGAAGAAAGCAGAUGUUUACAUAAAGUGAUAUGGCAUAUUUUUGUUGCAUGCAUUACCAUUUACUAAUUUAUGAGAUAAUUCUGCCAUGGAAUACAAGAAGGGAAUGCCAUAAGUAAUUUGAUUUUCUUGAUAUGAUUCCAUUUCUAGUUUACUCUAAUGCAGUUAUCAUAAUCCAUAGAUUUGAUAAUUGCUUCUCUUAAUCUGAAGAUGUUUGGAAUUGGUAACUGAUUUGACCUGUCACAAAAGAGCCUGAAAGGUCACAGGUCUCAUUAACUCGUACUUUUACAUUUAACAUUGCUUCCCACUCUUAAGAAUACUUUUCUUUUCCAUUUUAACCCCACAAAAUAGUACUCAAGUAUUUAUAUCUUUGAUAAGAUAUCUCUCAUACUGCAAACACAGGCAUGAGUAACUUUACACAUAAAAAAAAUCUUAUUCAGCUGACCUGCAUUACUAUUUGCAUGCAUAUAAUUACUCAUGUGUAAGUUUUUGCAAGAUCUAGUAUUAAUGAAAGUCUGCCUGAUUAAGGGCUACAAGACUAAGGCCAUGCUAAGACAAAAGAUAAUACUACCUGUAAAACUAGCCAGCAACAUUGUUUGCUGAAACGUUAAAAUGCUCUACUCAGCAAUAAAUCUUUGUAGCAUGCCAAACUUUAAAUCAUUUUGCAUAUUGACCAGUAGUGCAGUGUGUAUGCACACAAACAACCAAACCUCAUGGCUAAUAAAGUGCAUUUCCCACCAAAGAUUUAGUGAAGGAUGCUUCAAAGAAAUGGCUUAACGCAUAAUUAAUCAGGCACGCUGGAGCAGAUUCACUUCUGAAAAUUUACAGUUCUUUUGAUUACCUUGGCAAUGUCCAGACUAAUUCUAGGACAGGAAAAACAUUCAAUUAAUUGCAAGUAAAGUGUUCACCUUUCAUUUGUUUCAUACAGUAAUAAACACAGACACAUACGAUGAGGACUGCACAAUUAAAACUAUAUCUAAUUUUCUUUUACUGUCAUUUGUACAUUUACACCAUACACAACUUUCUCAUACUCUGAAUCCAUCUCCUGACAGCACGGACAUGCUGUUAUCAGUUCCCUUUUUAUAAUUUGCUUCCAUGAAUCAAAACUUUUCCUCUUAAAAUGAUUUGGGAAGCAGUUGUUCAGGUCUUCAUUUUCUCAGCUCUCUGAGAAACUUCUCAGCAGCUUAGAAAUCACAGCACAGGUAUUUGCCUAUGGUUUGCAUGGCACUGUUGAAUUGCCUAAGGCAAGUCCGAGAAUGACAACCUUGUUCAAUGUUGCAUAUAAACUUACAAUCUGGAUCUACAGUAAAAUGCUUUUUUGUGCAAUCUUUACAUUGCUCUUCAUACAGAAUGACCUGCACCUCAUCAUUGCAUGUUUUCUGUUCUCAAACAUCCCAUGAGAAAAUAAAACCUUUUUGAAAUGCAUGAUUUAUUAGUUUGCUCCCACCUUUAUCUUUCCAUUAACGUGCUAAUGUUUUAUCAAAUCUAUUUUAUAUUGAUUCAUUCAUCCUUAAAAAAAUUAAAUCACAUUUAAUUAUUCUGUAGUGCACGACACUGUGCAUGGGUUUAAGGAAAAUUGAUAUUAUUUGGUUCCUAAGUGUGUGAACUCAACAGAGUUCCUUUGUAUAUAGUAGAUACUGAACUAAAAGGCAGUAUAUUGAUGGUAAAGAAUAAAUAUAUAUGAAAUGUGCUCUCAGUGUUCUGUAAACAUUAGGAGGCAAAUACCAAUUAAGUUCAGCAUUAGUUAAAAAACCAGAAUGACAGUUAUUUGCUAAAAUUAAGAUACUGUAAUUCACCAUUUCUGGGACCAGUGUUAUUAACAAUUAUGAUAAAAUAGAAACUAUUGCUCUUGUAUGUUGCAUAUAUAUCCACACACCAAAAAAAGAGUCUGUUGCAGUGUAGUUACUGCAGUUAUCUAUAGAGGGCAAAAAGUAUUUGCAUAAAGAAAUACCUUGUUGGCAUAAUGUUACAUAAUGUGUACUGUACAUUGAUUUUAUGAAAUUAUGGUUACAGGUAUUUUCACAUAUCUUAACAAAGAAUUUUCUACCGUUGCUAUUCAACCUUUUGUGGCAAAAUGUGUUUAAUGAUAUCAAUUAUAUUAUGUGCUCUCUAUGAUAAUCUCAUUAAUAUUGUAACCCUGAAAAACAAAUAAAAUGGUGCAUAAACUA